AUGCCCGAGGACUUAAGGACUGUUCAGGAUCACGCGAUGGAGGAGGAAGUGGAGACGUUUGCUUUCCAGGCAGAAAUUGCCCAACUUAUGUCUUUAAUCAUAAACACCUUCUAUUCUAAUAAAGAGAUUUUCCUGCGAGAAAUUAUUUCCAACUCAUCUGAUGCCCUGGACAAAAUCCGCUAUGAGAGUCUGACUGAUCCGAGCAAACUGGAUUCUGGGAAAGAGCUGAAAAUUGACCUGAUUCCCAACAAACAUGAUCGUACUCUCACCGUAAUCGACACCGGCAUCGGGAUGACCAAAGCCGAUCUUAUCAAUAACCUGGGAACCAUCGCCAAGUCCGGAACCAAGGCUUUCAUGGAGGCUCUGCAGGCCGGGGCCGAUAUCUCCAUGAUUGGUCAGUUUGGUGUUGGCUUCUACUCUGCGUACCUUGUGGCCGAGAAGGUUACAGUGAUCACCAAGCACAAUGAUGACGAGCAGUAUGCCUGGGAGUCCUCCGCUGGUGGAUCCUUUACAGUCAAAGUGGACAACAGUGAGCCUGUUGGUCGUGGUACAAAGGUUAUUUUGCACCUUAAGGAAGAUCAAACAGAAUAUUUGGAAGAGAGGAGAAUAAAAGAAAUUGUGAAGAAACACUCACAAUUCAUUGGCUAUCCAAUUACAUUAUAUGUGGAAAAACAGCGUGAAAAGGAAAUCAGCGACGACGAGGCAGAGGAGGUAACCGAGGAGAAAGAGGAAGAAAAGGGCGAAAAGCCGGAAAUUGAGGAUGUUGGUGCUGAUGAGGAAGAGGAUGAUACGAAAGGAAACAAGAAAAAGAAGACAAAGAAGAUCAAAGAAAAAUAUACUGACAGUGAAGAGCUUAAUAAGACCAAGCCUAUCUGGACACGCAACCCUGAUGAUAUAACCAACGAGGAGUAUGGAGAAUUCUACAAGAGUCUGACCAACGACUGGGAGGAUCAUCUGGCUGUUAAGCACUUCUCUGUAGAGGGGCAACUGGAGUUCCGAGCUCUUCUGUUCACUCCGCGACGAGCCGCUUUUGACCUGUUUGAGAACAGGAGGAAAAAAAAUAACAUCAAGCUGUACGUGCGUAGAGUUUUCAUCAUGGACAACUGCGAGGAGCUGAUGCCUGAGUAUCUGAAUUUUAUGAAAGGAGUGGUGGACUCAGAGGACCUUCCACUGAACAUUUCCCGUGAGAUGCUGCAGCAGAGCAAGAUUCUCAAAGUGAUCAGAAAGAACUUGGUGAAGAAGUGUUUGGAACUCUUCACCGAGCUAUCAGAGGAUAAAGACAAUUACAAAAGGUUUUAUGAGCAGUUUUCCAAGAAUCUAAAGCUUGGAAUUCACGAAGAUUCACAGAACUGUAAGAAGCUUUCUGAACUUUUACGCUAUUAUUCCUCUGCUUCUGGAGAUGAAAUGAUCUCUCUCUCAGAAUAUGUCUCUCGCAUGAAGGAAAAUCAGAAGCAUAUUUACUACAUCACAGGUGAAACAAGAGAACAGGUGGCUCACUGCGCCUUUGUGGAGAGGCUUCGGAAACAUGGGCUGGAAGUGAUCUACAUGAUCGAGCCUAUAGAUGAGUACUGCGUCCAGCAGCUGAAGGAGUUUGAUGGUAAAACGUUGGUUUCAGUUACCAAAGAAGGCUUGGAGCUUCCAGAAGAUGAAGAGGAGAAAAAGAAAAAAGAAGAAAAACAAGAAAAGUUUGAAAAUCUCUGCAAGAUCAUGAAAGACAUCCUGGAAAAGAAAGUAGAGAAGGUGGUCUUAUCAAACCGGCUAGUUGAAUCUCCGUGUUGCAUUGUGACCAGUACCUAUGGUUGGACAGCAAACAUGGAGAGAAUAAUGAAGGCUCAGGCCCUGAGGGACAACACCACAAUGGGCUACAUGGCUGCCAAGAAGCACCUUGAGAUCAACCCGGACCAUGCGAUCAUUGAGACUCUGAGGCAGAAAGCGGAGGCUGAUAAGAAUGACAAGUCUGUAAAGGAUCUGGUGAUUCUCCUCUUUGAAACGGCCCUCCUCUCAUCUGGCUUCACCCUGGAAGAUCCACAGACUCAUUCCAACCGCAUCUACAGGAUGAUCAAACUCGGGCUAGGAAUUGAUGAAGAUGAGGCUACACUAGAGGAGGAUUCAUCUGUACAGGUGGACGACCUGCCACCGCUGGAAGAACACGCGGAUUCAUCUAGAAUGGAAGAAGUUGACUGAUUUACUGUAAAAUGGU